AAACUUUCUGUGAUUGUUAAUCAUAACCGAAUAUAUUUCUAUCUUCUUCAUUUAGAUGAUUAUAACCGCUGCCCGACCACCCGACCUUUCCGUUGCCCCGGGAGACGCACCAUUUGUAUCUCGAUCCAGUAUCUGUGUGACGGUGCUCCUGACUGCCCUGAUGGUUAUGAUGAAAAUUCUAAACUCUGUACCGCAGCAAAGCGCCCUCCCGUGGAAGAGACAGCCAACUUUCUACAGACUCUUUUGGCCAAUCACGGCCCAAAUUAUCUUGAGAAACUCUUCGGAAGCAAAGCACGAGAUGCGCUAGCACCUCUUGGGGGAGUUGAAAAAGUUGCUGUUGCACUCUCAGAGUCUGACACUAUAGAAGAUUUUGGCAAGAUUCUAAAUUUGAUGAGAUCAGACUUAGAGCAUCUGAGGCACGUCUUCAUGGCUGUAGAGACUGGAGAUUUGAGCAUGCUCAGAGCUCUAGGCUUCAGAGAUUCGGAGCUAGCUGAUGUCAAGUUGUUUUUGGACAAGCUUGUUAGCACUGGCUUCAUGAACUAAGGCUUCACCCUUUUUAAAACCUUCUUCUCCUUCUCAUCUGUCUCGGCUGUUCGGCAUAUACUAAGUUAACUAAUUAACCAGAAACAGUUUCCACAAGUUAAGUUCGUGAGAUUCAGAAAAUUCAACUACCCGCAUAACUUGAAAACUGUACGUUUAGAAUCCAUUACAUUCUUGGUAUUAGUAUCGCAACCAAUUAUUUCAAAUACUUCCUGUUAGUCACUUAGUUUUGUAUGUUGAAGAGAUCUUUUCAAUUAAGAUUUGUUUCAAAAUAUCAGAGACGAAAACCGACUCGGUGUUUUUAAGUUACUACAAUAUACAGCCGAGGUCCUGUUUUCACAAUGUUGUACUCCUGAAACUUCCGAAAUCUGUGUACUGAAUCAGUCAAAUAUGUAAGCUGUGGCAGAAAGUCAUGUAUUCCGAAUAAAAACCUUUCUUCUGACCUGAA